AUGGGAAUCCCUUACCAUACCACACCAUCAUCUUACAGACACAGUCACACCCAACCACACCAUUAUCACCACCACUCCCUCAUCACCACUACCCUGCAUCACACUUCAUACCAUCACACUCCACCAUCACCACCACCACUUACAGCCAUCACCACUACCCUCAUCCACGCCAUGUUCACUGCACCUCCACCAUCACCACCUUCAUCAUCACUACCCACCACCCUCAUCCCACCUCCACCUACCACCUUAUUCAUCACCGACCUACCACGCACCAUCCCCCCCCACAUUCUCACCACCCCCUCCUUCCGCAACAUGGAAAGCCGAGAAGGAAGGCGCUCGAUGUCCGUUGCGGGCAGAAGCUUGAUUGAAGACCGCGGUCAGGAGGGAAAAUUAGCCAAGAUGAGAGCUUGA